AUGCACAUCGCUCGGGUACAGUUUUUUUCUCAAAGUGUAUGGCGUCGCUGUGGCAACCGACUUAAUCGUAUCCGCGCUGCUCAGGGAUGCGCCAUCAUUUCGAUUCUGGUAUACGGCGGGGCGUUCUUCGCCAGUUUUGGAAUCCUGUACGGCUACUCUUUCAUUCGCUGGGUCUGCCUGGCGCUGAACGUGGUUGGCAUGAUCUUCCUGUGCGUUGUGUGGGCGGCCGUGGCGGUGACGUACAACAAGCAAGAGCGUUUCUGCCGCCCUAUUAAAGAUGACGGCACAUAUGGUGCCGGCUUUGUUCUCUUUGUGAUUGCGUGGAUACUGGAUAUCAUCAACACGGUGAUCCUGCUGCUCCCGUGCACGGUCACGGACAGUGACGAGGAUCAGCACAACAAGCGACCAGCAGCGCAAGACUAG